CCUGUGUUCAGGGCUUCACUAAACCGAGCCUGGGUAGGAACAAGCCAUUUGCACCAACAGCCAUGAAUUUCCUCCGGAGACGCCUGUCUGACAGCAGCUUUGUGGCCAACCUGCCUAAUGGCUACAUGACGGACCUGCAGCGCCCUGAUAGCUCCAGCAGCUCCCCCGCUUCCCCGGCCAUGGAGAGGAGAGCCCAGCCGCUGGCCGCCUCCUUCUCCUCCCCGGGGUCCAGCCUUUUCAGUUCCUUCUCCAGUGCCAUGAAGCCCACCUCGCAGGCUCCGACAGGGUUGGUGGAACCUCCAGCUCCCUCCACACCCGUUAUUCAAAGGCCCAGAGUCCUACUGGUGAUUGACAAUGCCUACACCGACUGGGCGAAAUAUUUCCAUGGAAAGAAAGUGAAUGGAGAAAUUGAGAUCCGAGUGGAGCAGGCUGAAUUCUCAGAGUUGAACCUAGCUGCCUAUGUGACCGGGGGCUGUAUGGUGGACAUGCAAGUUGUGAGAAAUGGAACCAAGCUUGUAAGAUCCUUCAAGCCAGACUUCAUCCUGGUGCGUCAGCACGCUUACAGCAUGGCCCUAGGCGAAGACUACCGCAGCCUGGUCAUCGGUCUCCAGUAUGGAGGACUGCCUUCGGUCAACUCCCUCUACUCUGUCUACAACUUCUGCAGCAAGCCCUGGGUGUUCUCUCAGCUGAUCAAGAUCUUCCAUUCCCUGGGCCCUGAGAAGUUCCCGCUUGUGGAGCAAACAUUUUUCCCCAACCACAAGCCAAUGCUCACAGCUCCACACUUCCCCGUGGUGGUCAAGCUGGGACAUGCCCAUGCUGGAAUGGGAAAGAUCAAAGUGGAGACCCAGCAUGACUUCCAGGACAUCACAAGUGUGAUCGCCAUGGCCAAAACCUAUGCCACCACUGAGGCCUUCAUAGACUCCAAGUACGACAUUCGGAUCCAGAAAAUCGGAUCCAACUACAAGGCUUACAUGAGAACCUCAAUCUCUGGGAACUGGAAGGCCAACACGGGUUCUGCCAUGCUGGAGCAGGUGGCCAUGACAGAAAGGUACCGGUUGUGGGUGGACAGCUGCUCGGAGAUGUUUGGUGGCCUGGACAUCUGUGCUGUCAAAGCCGUCCACAGCAAGGACGGCCGAGAUUACAUCAUCGAGGUGAUGGACAGCUCGAUGCCCCUGAUUGGUGAGCAUGUGGAAGAGGACAAACAGCUAAUGGCCGACCUUGUGGUCUCCAAAAUGAGCCAACUCCUGAUGCCAGGGGGCAUGGUGCCCUCACCCCUGAGGCCUUGGGCUCCACAGAUGAAGCCAGCAAAAUCUCCAGGACAAACUCAGCUGGGGCAGCCCCAGUCUCGCCCACCCACACAAGGCGGCCCUCGCCAAGCUCAGUCUUCCCAACCCCCGAGAUCUGGGAGCCCCUCCCAACAGAGGCUCUCCCCACAAGGCCAGCAGCCUCUGAGCCCCCAGUCUGGGUCUCCCCAGCAGCAGAGGUCACCGGGGUCUCCACAGCUGCCCCGAGCAUCCGGUGGCAGUUCACCAAACCAGGCCUCCAAACCAGGCUUCAGCUCUCAGUCCCGGCCCCCGGUUCAAGGCCGCAGCAGCUCCCAACAGAGUGAAGAAGCCAAGAAAUCAGCACCACCCCACCCCCAUCUCAACAAAUCCCAGUCCCUGACUAACAGCCUCGGCACGUCCGACACAGCGCAGCGCGGGACCCCAAGCGAAGAUGAGGCCAAGGCCGAAACCAUCCGCAACCUGAGAAAGUCCUUUGCCAGCCUGUUCUCUGACUAA